AAUUUUUUUUAACAUAGCAUGGAUUCGCAUGAUCAGCUUCGCCUUAAAAAGCUUCAUUCAAAACUAAUGAAGGAUGUUAGAGUUGGUUAUAUUUUACCAUAUUUGUCAGAAGUAUUAACAGAUGAUGAUGAAGAUUUAAUUAAAAAUGAAAAAACGGAAAGAGGAAAGAUAAAUAUGUUGCUUAACAUACUUCCACGCAGAGGUCCUCAAGCCUUUUCUUGUUUUUGUGAAGGUUUAGCUGAAAAUUACGAUUGGUUAUAUAAAGAGCUUAUUUCCUUAAACAUCGAAGAAGAAGUUAACAAUGAUAUUAGGAUUGAUAAGAGAAUUCAGGAGAUUAAUAAUGAAAUGGUUGAUGUACUAAGAGAAAAUAAUCAUCUUGUUCGAAAUUGGAGAACACUUGCACAUCGUCUUGGUAUGUCUUCUUGUUGUAGCACUAUUCAGAUUCAAGCCAACAUUUAUUUAUGGGAUCUAAAAGAAUGUUUUUUAAAUCUGAUGGAAAAGUGGCAUGCUCAAGAAGGACAUAAAGCCACUGUUGGUAAUUUAAUUGAUGCUUUAAGGCAAGAAAAAUUUAAUGAUGCAGCAGUUCUGAAGUCCAAUCAAUUAUUUAUCUUACCAUUUUUCAGUGAUUACAUGAAGCAAUUUGUCUGA